UAAACUGCAAACCCUAAUCCGACGACCUCUCCGUCGCCGCUUGAUCCUCAUCGCCGAUUCUUGACGGCUUUAUUUUAUUGACUAAGAUGGCUGGAUAUUCAACAAAAGGAGCUCCUACAAAUGGAUCAGUCUACGUUUCCAAUCUACCACUAGGAACUGACGAGAACAUGUUGGCUGAGUAUUUUGGGACCAUUGGGUUACUAAAGAGAGACAAACGAACAGGUACUCCCAAGGUGUGGCUGUACCGAGACAAAGAGACUGAUGAGCCGAAAGGAGAUGCUACUGUUACCUAUGAGGACCCGCACGCUGCUUUGGCUGCUGUUGAAUGGUUCAAUAACAAAGACUUCCAUGGAAGCACCAUUGGAGUUCUUAUGGCGGAGUCGAAGAACAAAAGUGGAGGAGAUCAUCCGAGUGAGUCUUUUGGAUACGAUGGAGGUGUGGUUGCUAAGGAAACAAAUGGAGGUGCUGGAAGGGGGAGAGGUCAGGGUGAUUCUUCCGCCAAGCCAUGGCAGCAAGACGGUGACUGGAUGUGCCCAAAUACAAGGUCUGUGAUAUCGGUGAGGAGCUUCAUCUAUCCAUUGGUUUUGCAGUUUUAUAUUGCAGAGUUUUUUAGUUGUAUAGUGGUCUCAUGUUCUUCUAUUGGCAGCUGCACAAAUGUGAAUUUUGCGUUCCGUGGAGUUUGCAACCGUUGCGGAACUGCCAGACCAGCUGGUGCAUCUGGUGGCAGCAUGGGUGGUGGUGGCCGUGGAAGGGGCCGAGGUGGAGGUGCUGAUGGUGGGCCACCGGGGAAGGGUGCUACUACUGGUCUUUUUGGUCCAAAUGAUUGGUCUUGUCCAAUGUGCGGCAAUGUCAACUGGGCUAAGCGUUUAAAAUGUAAUGUCUGCAACACCAAUAAACCUGGCCAGAAUGAAGGUGGUGUGAGGGGAGGUCGUGGUGGUGGAUACAAGGAAUUGGAUGAACAAGAAUUAGAGGAAACAAAGAGACGCAGGCGUGAGGCUGAAGAGGAUGACGGUGAAAUGUAUGAUGAGUUUGGGAAUCUAAAGAAGAAGUACCGUGUUAAAACACACCAAGCUGAUGCCAGACCUGCUGUUGCUGCUGGUCGUGCUGGCUGGGAAGUCGAAGAACUAGGUGUUGAAAGAGAUGGAAGAGAGAGAAGCAGAGACAGGCAAAGAGACCGUGGGGACAAGCAUAGAGAUCAUCACUACGAGAAGGAUAGACGCAGGAGCAGAAGCAGAAGCCGAGAGAGGGAACGAGGCAAGGAGCGUGACUAUGACUAUGAACGUGAUCGGGACAGAGACAGAGACUAUGGUCGUGGAAGCAGGUACCGUAACUGAGAGAUUACUCAAGAAAGGUUUAUUAUUUAUCUUUUAUCUUUUUCCAAUGUUUUAUUUCUACAAUGGUGGUAGCGUUCCAAUUCUCUGGCCUUUUUCUUUUAAUUGUGUGAAGUUAAAAGUCGUUUGUUACUUAGUGGUCUGAUUAUGUUCAGAGAUUAUCCCAUAUGUCUUCUUGUCUUUUGUGCUAUCUUUAGUUGUCCGUUUGGUUUUUACUUUGUUGUGUGAUUCUUCUUGUUCAUUGCCCAAUCAUUUUCAGCGCUGUAAUGAACGAACUAAAAGGAUAGAACACGAAG